CCAUAUCGCAACGCGUCGCGUCGCGUCCAGAUUCUUGGCAUCUGCUUCGCCUUCGUUGACAUUUACUUCAUUAUCAACGAUCUUCUCAAAAGACCACUAGCUGCAAACGCCAUCAAGACUAGGCGAAAGCGACGAAUCUGGCCCAUUUCCGUCAUGAUACGGCAAAGAGAAACUGGCCUUGACGUCCCUUCUGCCUGAGAAGCACCACGUCAACAACAAUCGGUAGAACAUCUAUCUGAGCCGUCAUGCCUGGCGUGCCAGGCCGUAAGCUAGGACAGAAGGUCGACAUCGACUUCACUCUCCGCAAAGUAUUCGGACGAGACUCAUUCAGACCAGUUCAACGAGAAGUUGUAACAGCAGCGCUCGACGGCCAUGACGUUUUUCUCCAAGCAGCGACUGGCUUUGGCAAGUCCUUAUGCUACCAGCUGCCAGCAGUCGUGGACUUCGGUAUCACCAUUGUCAUAUCGCCACUUCUUGCCUUGAUGAACAACCAGAUGGCUGGGCUUCGGGCAGCGAACAUCAAAGUGGAAACCAUCAACAGCACCACUCCUCACUCCGCGAAGCAAGCCAUUCUGGCCGAUCUCAAAAGUGGCCACCCUCUCACUCGUCUGCUGUACGUGACGCCGGAAUACUGCCAGCUGGACCAUUUCCGCAGCCACCUCAAAAUCGUCUAUGAGCAGAGAGAAUUGGCAAGAAUAGCAGUCGAUGAAGCUCACUGCAUAUCGGAAUGGGGACACGACUUUCGACCCAGUUUCAAAGAACUCAGCUGGUUCAAGAAGGAGUUCCCAGAUAUUCCUAUGAUCUGCUGCACUGCCACUGCACCCAGCAACGUGCGAGAAGAUGUCAUCAGAACACUAGCACUGGACUCAUCCAAACUCAAAAACUUUGCCAUGACCACAAGUCGACCAAAUUUACACUUCGAAGUCCGCUUCACCAACGACGACGAAGACCGCUACGAUAACUUUCUCGCCUGGCUCCGAUCAACCCACGAACGCCGAGCUAACAAUGCGGCUCGUUCGCAGGAACUGAGUCAACGAAACGAAAGAGCGACCAACGUCUCUGGGAUCAUCUACACCUGGUACCGCAAAGACACCGAAGAACUCGCAGCUCGUUUGCAACAAGAUGGCAUCGGUGCCAAAGCCUACCACGCCGGCCUCAGCGUCGAACAGAAAGAAGACCACCUAGAUGGCUGGGUCAAGAACAAAGAAGGCUACGACGUGAUCGUCGCAACAACAGCCUUCGGCAUGGGAAUUGACAAAGAUGACGUCCGUUUCGUCGUUCAUUGGCAAAUCGCCAAAUCCUUCGAAGGCUUCUACCAAGAAGCUGGUCGUGCAGGUCGAGAUGGCAAAGCGUCGAUAUGUAUCCUAUACUACAGCCGCGAAGACCGCGAUCGUAUGGGAAAUAUGAUGAUGCGGGAGAUGACGAAGCAGAGCGGGAAAGGUGAAUUCGCGAGACAAGCUCAGGCCAAUCGAGCGAAGAGCGUGCAGGCUCUAAUCAAGUAUUGUGAGUCAACAACGGCUUGUCGACAUCGGAUGAUUGCCGAGUAUUUUGGCGAGAAGGAUGAGCCGGUCUGUCAAUGGGCGUGUGAUCGGCAUAAGGACAAGAAGGGGUUGGCGCAGAAGAAGAAUCGGGGUUUGUCGAGUGAGGAAUGGGUUGCUACUCAGGCUCAGGCGGGGACGUAUUCGAAUGACUAUUACGAGUGAUGAUGAGAUAGACGCCUGUGAGCAGAACGAGCUAGCAUAGAACGUUGCAGCACAGAACAAUGACUUCUCUUGUAGCCAAAAAGCAUCUGGACGAUGUUCGAACUAUUUCUUAGCCUUGCGUCUGAUCAAAAUUAAACCGAGAGACAAUUCUAACCCUUCUGAUUACCCAUGAACAAAACGAAAUAUUGGCUCCUGUGGCCCUCAACUAUCAUCUGCCCCGAUGCAUGAUCAUCAUCGCAGAGCAUCCUCACUCAUCAAGCACAAUAACAUCCUCCUCCAUCUUCUCCUCAACCUCUCCAA